AAUAAUAAAAGCACCUAAUUGCAAAAUUAUUUUUGGAAGGGUUAAAAUAAAACGUAUUUAAAUAAAAAUGGACAAUAAUUGUUAUCAGUAUUCGAUUAUCAACAAGUAUAAACCAAACUUACCAAACAUGUUCAAAUUCAUUGUAUUUGUAGCUCUUUGCUUCAUCGUAGCUUCAGCUGCACCCAAACCAGGACUAUUUGCAGCUCCAUUAGCAGUUGCUCCAGCUGUAGUGACAGCUGAAAGUUCGCAAGUGGUUGCACGUAAUUUUAAUGCUCUUGUGGCCGCUCACGCUCCAGUAGUAGCCGCGCCAGCCAUUGCCGUUGCCGCUCCAAUUGCAGCAGUGCUAAUUUUCGUUGGCGUAUCCUCUAUCGACUGCAGUGGGGUAUUUGCUCAUGGUCCAGUAUUUGCUCCAGCUCCAGUAUUAGCACCAGCCGUAAGAUAUGCGCAUAUCGCCCCGCAAGCUGUAUCACCAUUUGCAGCCCAAGUAAGCACCUUUACUAAAGGAUUAAAUGUAUAUGCUGCUCCAUAUGCUGCUGGAGUACUUUCUGGACCUGCCAUCGCUCCAGCAUAUCCACAUGGUCUACCAUACCCCGCUGUAGCUCCAGCACCCGGCCUAUUACCUGCUCCCGUAGCUGCCCCCGCAUACUACCCCUCUCCCUAUGCUGCUCCUGGUUUCCUUCCAUCCCCAUACGCAGCAGCAGCUUACCCACACAUUCAUGCUGGUCUGCCAGCUUCUCCAUUGUUGCCCUCUCCUUUCGCUAGGUCAGUGCAUGCGGUUGCGCCAGCUCUAGCACCAGCUCCAUUGUUAGGUUGAACAUUUUAGUUGCUUGAGUUCAAAUAUGUGAUUGUUAACUAUUUUUAUACUGUAUAUAAAAAGAAAUAAAUUUGUAUAA